AUUAUAGACAAAAAAAAACUACCCUAUGGCAGCCUCAUAUUCUUGUUUUCUUCUUUGUUUACCGUUCCACUACCAUUCCCACAAACGCUGGUUUUAUCAUUAGGUAGAAAAACCAACGUUUUACGGGUGGCGGUGGGCGGUUAGUGGUGGUGGUGGGGCCCGGUUUGCGUAUAAUAAUGACCAGAGACCAUAUUAUGGCAGAUGGGAAGAAUUCAACUAAGAAAAUAAUGGUGGUGGCUGAUCCAACUCGUGAAUCAGCCUCCGCCCUUCAAUACGCGCUUUCCCAUGCAGUCGCGGAAAAUGACACGUUGAUUCUUCUGCAUGUUGGUAAUCCUAAUGCAUGGAGGAAUCUCCUUGGUGCCUUGAUCAAGAAACCAUCGCCAAACUCGUCCACAUCCACAUCCACAUCUACGUCCCCAUCAGAUAGUAGUCCGUUCAGUACUUUCUUUAGAAAGUCAUUGACAAACAUAACAUCACCGCAGCCAACGUCCGUGGCCUCUCAUGCAGCCGCGGAAGAUGGUGGUGGUGUCAAAGGGUGCACAGGAAAGGGAUAUAUGGAUUUUCUUGGGACAAUGAAACAUGCAUGUGAAGUUGCACAACCUAUGAUAAAAGUUUGUACAGAGACAGUGGAAAUGGAUGGCAAUGCAAAGGAAAAGGCUACUGUCAUUCUUGCUAAAUCUGCAUCUUUUGGUAUUGAUAUUCUUGUUAUAGGUCAGAGAAGGAGUCUUUCUAACGUAAUACUACGGCCUAAAAGAAGUGUAUCACUAAGAGGGCUGGGGCUGGAUAUGGCAGAUUAUUUGAUUGACAACAGCAAAUGCACCUGUGUUGCAGUUCAGAAGAAGGGCCAAACAGCAGGAUAUCUUCUCAAUACCAAAACUCAUAGAAAUUUCUGGCUCUUAGCAUAAUCCUAAUUUUUACAUGUACAACAGGAUUCAUCUGAACCUGAGCAACAUUUGCACCUUGUCUACCAGCUCCAGCUAUUAUCUCCAUCUGUCCAGCUGUACCGGACUUCACAGCUUCAAUGAGCUUACGCUGCAACUUGAGCAGCCCCAUACGCUUUGAAACCACGUAAAGCACUGCCAAGGAGAAAAUAAUAAAUCCAACCACCAAUAUCACCCUGUUCACAGAUUGUGUUAGUGUUGCAGUUGAGGUUAAAUACAUUUCAAAACAACGUAAUUAAAUUGCAAUGGCAUUAUAAACUCAGCAGUACAGGUGCAAAGAAAAGGUCAAUGUUAUUUUACAAAGUCAUGAUCACAUGAUACCUGUCCAGAAUGUCCUGCCGUUGCAUUGUGGACAGAAGGUUCCGAGUUCGCGAAAGCAAGGAGCGGUGGCCCUUGUAUUCACUCUCGGCUUUCGUUAAUACGCCUGUUGAUUCAUCUGCAGUAUCCAGAAUAUGUACAUUGUCAUCUAGCCUCGACUUACAUACUUUUCACAUUUAGGAUAUGAAGAAUGGCAUCCAAAAGUCAUGGAAGCAGUCACCAUCACAAAAAAAUUGGAUAACAAAGCUCUAGGUGUAUCUCUUGAACACAUCAUUGCCUCGUCAAAGAAACCAAACCGAUUCAUGCACAACGUACCACAUUGGAUAAGUAGAUCCAUCGAGUCAUGUAAUGAAUAACAUCAAUGUAUUUUCUGGUCAUGUUCUAGUUAUAUUUUUCCUUACAACCAUUAAUUAAGCUUUUAUACUGCAGAUAGUGUUAAUCUAUAGGGCUACUUUUACAGUAAGGUAAACAUAUUUAAGUGCACUUGACUAGUAGAUAACCUGUGUGAUCAGUCCAAAUAACACAGGGCCUAACUCAUCUUUUUUGUAUAAGGAACAAUGCUUAUCUGUAAGUUGAGCUUUGAUUAGCCAACAAAAAUGGCAUGUAUCUGAAAUUGAGGCUUACAAUGUUUUAUUUUCCACUACUUCAGAUGCAUAAUCAAAAGUAACAAAAGUAAAAUUUAUUCAAAAGCAAACAGAAUACUUUUCAA